AUGCAACUUAGACCGUCUGGGCCUUUGGGCAAGCAGCUCCUGCGGCCCAGCCUUGUCAAGCCGCACUUGCGUUGGACCAGAAUCCGCGCAGUUGCCCACAAAGGCCACCUACUGCCAAACCUUGAGCCAAGACUGGUGGCAUUUUCCGGUGACACGCUGCAGAGCUUGCAGCGGGAAAACUUGAAACUCAGGGUGGUGUUGCAGACGUUGCAUUGGCCGAGGCUGCUUCGCUUCCAUGCAGGCGGUGAAACUCACGAGCUGCCAUGUCGGUCGGUCAGGAGCACACGUGCAUCCCUGCCAGCUGCUGCAGAGGAAACUUUACAUUAUCUGGCUGGCUUUUUCGAUGGAGACGGGUGUGUGGAAGGUCACCUUGAGGGAUGUCAAUUAGUUGUGGGCCAGUCUUUCGACAAGGCCGAAGUCUUGAUGCUCUUCCAAGCUGUAUUCGGUGGCAGCAUAUUCAAGCAGUCCGACGGCAGAGGACUGUGGAAGCCCAUGUUGAAGUGGAGUUUGUGGGGCCCGGAUGUUUGUCGUGCCGCCCGCCUUCUUGGUCCAUACAGCAUAACAAAGCACAGGCAGCUUGUGUUGGCGGCAGACUGGCCCAAAAGUACGUCCAGCAGGCAAAAGUGCUUGGUCGAGCUGCGUCGGCUGAAGCGCUGCGACUCUGCUGUCGUCACCACAUGCUCGACUGAGUACUUUGCCGGUUUUUUCGAUGCAGACGGGUACAUUCGGAUCACUGGCAGGGCCGGGCUGGUCCUUCGAAUAGGCCAGAAAUUCGAAACUGUUCUGAGCUGCUUGAAACAGGCUGCUGCCCGCAACUUCGGAGUUGAGGCCAAGCUGUACCGAGUGCAUUCUUCAUCGACUUUGUAUAUCUUCGGCAUAUCCGUCUGCAAAGAUGUGUUGCGUGCACUGGUGGAAGCCGGGCUACUUUGCAAAAGGGAGCAGGCUAAGCUGGCCAUAAGCUUGACCGCACGAAAUGCAGCACAAGUUUGCAGUGAUAUGGUGGAUCGUCUUGGCAAUCAGCAAUGUGGCAAAAGGCAAGACCUGGCCGGCCGUAUGAGGGCCCAGAAACUAUCAAACUUGCAAACAAGAGCCAAAGCUGGACGCUUACCAAACUCGCAGCUGCGCGAACUUGAAAGGCUCAGGAAGAAGCUGAAGCAGCACGAGUUCAUCAGCCAGGUGAAGAACCACGGCUUCCAGCAUCCUGCCAAGCUCCUGUUCCAUGGCCUGGACCACAAGGAGAUGAAGGCAGUGAUGCUGGAAGACCUCCUUUUCUUGGAUCGAUGGAAACCACCGGCAUUCCUGACACGCACUGCCAACCCGCAGGCCAUGGAGGAGUUCAAAGCGCUGUUGGUCCGGAACUACAAGAACUUCCUCAAGGCUUGGCGGCACUGCCUCGACCAGGGCUGCUGGCCAGUCGUCACGAACUGGAUUGUUCAGAGGUUCAACCGAGUCCCUUGGACGAGGCUAUGGCUGCCUCUGGGCAGGGAGCCUCUGCAGCCAUGUUGCCGCCUCCUCCGGCCAACAUGUCGCACGAUUGCCUGUGCCCACUCCCUGCGAACGCCGCAGCCCAGCCCGACAGCAGUGUCCGAGGAGGCACUCGGAAUCUUGCGGCAGGAAAACUUGAAGCUGAGAGCGACGCUGAAGACAAUGGCAUGGCCACGGCUGAUUCGUUUCCAGGGCUGUGGCGAAGUUCACGGUCUACCCUUUCGAUCGGAGGAUUGGGUCCCUCCACCGGCUCCUGCAGAAGGAGUUUUAAGAUACUUAGCAGGCUUUUUUGAUGGCGACGGGUGCGUGGAAGGUCACGUUUCUGGAUGUAGGCUGAGCGUGGGCCAGUCUUUUGACAAGGCCGAUGUUUUGAUGCUUUUCCAAGAGGUAUUCGGUGGCACUAUUGCCAAGCUUUGUGAUGGCACAGGGCUACGCAGGCCGGCACUACAAUGGAGGAUCUAUGGGCUAGCUGUCCACCGUGCGACUCGGGUUCUGGCCCAAUACAGCAUAACAAAGCAAAGGCAGCUUGUGUUGGCGGCAGAUUGGCCUCAAGAGGCAUCCAGAAGACAAGAGAGCAUUGCCGAGCUCUGUCGAUUGAAACGCUGCGACUCUGCUGUGGUCGCCGCAUGCUCGACGGAGUACUUCACAGGCUUCUUUGAUGCAGAAGGCCAUAUAUGUGCGGUCGGCCGAACCGCGCUACAACUUCAAAUCGCCCAAAAAUUCGAGACUGUGCUGCACUGUUUGCAGGAGUUUUUGGCCCGGGAUCUGGGGAUUCGCACCACUGUUGCCGGACAUGACUCGUUCCGCCUGAACAUAUACAACACAUCCGAAACCAAGAAAGUCCUUCGCACCAUGCUGAAGGCGGGAAUGCUUUGCAAAGCAGAUCAGGCAGCGCUGGCCAUGGCUCUGACCAAGGAGACUUCUGUGGAUGUCCGUGCGCGCUUGGCUGAAUUGGUCGGCAAUCAGGGCUAUGCGAGAAAGUAUGACGAAGCCGGUCGGGCGAGAGCACGCCAGAUCGCGAACAUGACGAGGAACAGCGGAAAGCUGGACACAGAGCAGCUGCGACAAUUGGAGAGACGAAACAUGGAGCACCAGAUCAUGAAAGCACAGCAUGCGAACCAGCAGCUACGCAAGUAUAUUGAUAAGAUCCAAGGUUUGAGUGGGGAGCUGUGGGCAGACUCCAGCAACCGCUGCAACUACGACGAGUUCGACGCGGCAUGCCAAAAGCUGAAGUUCAAAGGCGACGUCGCUGGCGCUUGGAGGGCUUUGGAUGAAGACCUGUCCGGGUACAUUACGCUGCAGGAGAUCGAUCCAGCUUCCUCCAGUGCCUUAGCCAACUUCCGCAGGUGGUGUGACGAGGAGUUUGGCAGCGUCCGGUCUGCCUUCAGCGUCUUUGACAACAGCGGCGACAACGAGGUAAACUAUCGCGAGUGGCGACGUUCGCUGCGCUUCUAUGGCUUUGAAGGCGAUGCCAGCACUUUGUUCUACGCCCUGGAUGUUGAGAGGAGCGGCACCCUCGCGCUGCAGGAGGUGGAAUUCCUCGAUGAGUGGAUCUUCCCCGGUGCAAGCACGACACAGGAGGCCAGCUCCUCGACGUUCUCUUCCCAGGUGCUCGGCGAGCCGCCUGUUCCGCAGCAUGUGACCACGCAGUACGUCACAGAAGGCCCGGGCCCUGCGGCCUACGCUGCAGGGCAUGGCGUUGGCAGCGGUCCGCCUGCGCCAAUGCGGCCCUUCCCGGGAGCUUUCUCUUUCCGGAAGCGCACUGGGGGCACCAUGCUCCUGCCGCCGACGCCGCGAGAUGCUGGGGAGGAGCCUUCUCCUUUGGACUACGACUCCCGGCCUGGGUGGUCUUCCAUGGCCCCGAGCAAGCCCUCUUGGCCUUUCAGCAAGGAGGCUCGAAAGUCCAACGAGCCCGUUGACAACGAGGAGGAGGAGCAGUCCCCGGGUCCUGGGGCGUACACUCCUCUGAUGGCCCCGGCCGUAGCCGUCGCUUGCACCCCUCGGCGCGCGCUGAAGGUGCAUCCGUUCUUCAGAGAGGGCCUGGGUAAGCGGACGCAUUUCACGCCGCGGCAGGACAUCCUCGCACUUCCAAGAGUCUGA